UAAAAAAAAGCACAACCCUCACCCAACCCAUUAAGUAUGAGUUAGAUAUAUCUAACCCAUAUUCACAUGGGUAUGGGAUGGGGUUGGGUCGGAUAUGUGGGUUGGGUCAAGUUUUAAAUGGGUUUUGCACAUCCCUAGUGGGGACGCUUUAAUUAAUUGGGUAGACCUUGAUGCUAAACUUGAAAUUGUCAAAAUCUGUCUCACUCAUGGCUAGUCAAACUCCACUAGAAUUUCUCUUUAUAUAAUGCAGUUGCCAACUUUAUCUUUUCAAAUCACUAAUAUUAACUGCAACUAUGGAUAGUGGUUGUUUCAUUCUCUCUUUCACAGUUGCAACGCUGUUUUAUUUCUUGGCUGGAUCAGCUAUUGAAGUUAAAAACAUCACCACAGAUCAAUCUGCCCUUCUAGCCUUGAAAGCUCACAUCACUAUUGACUCUCAAAAAUUCUUGUCAACAAACUGGUCUACUGCAACCUCUGUUUGCACUUGGAUUGGCGUCUCUUGUGGAACUCGCCACCAUAGAGUCACUACCUUGAAUCUUUCUAGCAUGGGUCUUACAGGAACUAUCCCCCCUCAUAUUGGACACUUAUCCCUCCUUUCUAGGCUCUCAUUUCAAAAUAACAGUUUUGAAGGCUCUCUACCAACUGAGUUAGCCAGAUUGCGUCGGCUUCGAUACAUUAGCUUGUCAUACAACAACUUUAGUGGUGAAAUACCAUCGUGGCUUGGAGAUCUUUCUCAGCUUCGAGACUUGAGAUUGUACAACAACAAUUUCACUGGCAGCAUCCCAACUUCUCUGUACAACUUGUCAAAGCUAGAGAUUUUCAACUUAGGUAACAAUGGUCUGCGAGGAUCAAUACCUAAAUCCAUUGGUAAUCUCCAUAACUUAAAGGUGCUAUAUUUGGAUCAUAAUGAGUUGUCAGGCUAUAUUCCCUCCACCAUCUUCAACAUGUCUUCUUUGCAACUUCUAGAUACCAGCAACAACUGGCUUUCUGGGUCAAUGCCUCCCAUUAUCAAUAUCAACACUUCUUCAUUGCAACAUCUUGAUGUCAGUACUAAUAAUAUGUCUGGUCAUCUUCCCUUAGAUAUGUUCUACAAUCUACCACAAUUAGAAGUGCUCUACUUGUAUGAGAACAUGUUCUCUGGAAGGAUUCCACCAAGUUUAUUUCAAUGCAAACAGCUUGUAUAUCUAGUAUUGGAAGAGAACAAUUUCCAAGGAAGCAUCCCUGAAGAAAUCGGGAAUUUGACGAGGCUUCAAGUGUUGUAUCUUGGACAUAACAACUUCAAUGGUAUGCCCUCAUUCCUCACCUAAUUAUAUACUAGUAUACCAACCCACAAGGACAUUCUCGCUGCCAUCAAACCUUAACGAACAAAUAAUGAACUAAGAACUAUUACUUUUAAAUAUAUCUAACGACAGUCACCCCUUGCAAUCUAUUUUAUUACAAAGGAUUGUUACUAAUGAGUACUCAGGAGAAGAAAUCACUUUUUUUACAGGAAAAAUUCCCGGACGGGUGGGUGAAUUGAAGAGUUUGGAGUAUUUACACAUACCAGAAUGCCACCUAACAGGGCCAAUUCCUCUGGUUAUCACGAAUUUGACCCUACUGAAGACAAUUAUAUUUUCUUCCAACAAUUUGUCAGGUAAGCAGUGGUUUUCUAGGAUAACCCAUCUCCCUACUUUUAAA